AUGAUGAUUGCAGUACUCUGCUCAGCUUCAACCUGCCGCCAAUAUGAGAAAAUCAAGUUCGCGAAAAGGCAAACGCACACGAGACUCCGGUCUGCCAGCAGCGAAGGCACGAAGAUAUCCGGCACCACUGGUCCGUACAACUCCCAGUUUCAGCAGAUGCUUGCCGAUCGUGGCGUCUUCCCUGACGGAUAUCGCGGUCUAGAUGGGUCCCGGCCACCAAAGCCGACUAAACUGGACGAACUUCGUCAUGUGCUGCCACGCACGCGCUCGUCACUGUCCCUAUCGGCAUUCUCGGAGGGUGCCUUCGAAGAGUUCCAAGAGACGAAUCGAAGGGCGAAAUCGGAGGCAAAAGUCAUGUCGAGCGUGGUUCCUAUUAUUACAGGAGCGAAGGACAACCGACUCGAAACAGAGGGAAAAAUACAAUUUAACAACCUGGAGAAGUUCGCUCCAGGCUUGAAAGUGGCGUAG